AAAGGGAGGGAGAGAGGGAGGCGUGGAAGACUUUCUAAAUCCCUGAUCCCAUCUGGAAUCCAUCUGUGUCUCAUUGGCAGGAGGAAGGAUUCAGACUGCACAACUCACAUAUGUGAGGGAGUUUAAGACACAUGCCUCACAUAUGAGACACAGAGAGAGAGAGAGAGAGAGAGAGAGAGAGAGAGAGAGAGAGAGGUACAAACAGACUAAAGGAAAGUGAUUUACAUUGUUUGGAAUAAGACACGAGCGAGAGUGAAUCGUCACUGAGAAGAGACGGCGUAGAGAAGAAGGUUCCUGCCAUGCCCGGUUCCCCAGUGGAUGGAAAGACUCAUUCAAGACCAACGGUGUCCGUUAUGCCUCCAUUACCUUCAGUAAACCCCAGCGGCCCGCGACCUGCAGUGUUUUCCACCACAGCACUGACCCAUGGGAUGAAUAAUUCCCCGCCAACCCUUAACGCCAUCCCAUCCCCACCUCAGCGCUACAGUAAUGGACCAUCAUCUUCAUCUUCCUCAUUGCUGUCCAAUCAGCAGCUCCCAGCCACCUGCGGCGCUCGACAGCUGAGCAAACUGAAGAGAUUUCUCACCACAAUACAACAGUUUGGCAAUGACAUCUCACCUGAGAUCGGAGAGAGCGUUCGAAACCUGGUGCUCGCUCUGGUGAACUCUACAGUCACCAUUGAAGAGUUUCACUCCAGACUGCAUAAAGCCACAAACUUCCCACUAAGACCCUUCGUCGUUCCCUUCUUAAAGGCUAAUCUGCCCUUACUGCAGAGGGAGCUGUUGCAUUGUGCUCGGGCGGCUAAACAAACUCCAGCUCAAUAUCUUUCCCAACAUGAACACCUCCUGCUCAGUACUACAGCACCAUCACCUCCUGACUCGACUGAACUACUGCUGGAGACCAGCGAGAGCUCAAAACGACACAGCCCAAACAGAAGUAAAGAAAAUGGUUUUCACGAGCGACCCCCUGCCACACUCGAACCACCGGCCAAACGAAUCUGCACCAUUAGCCCCGCCCCCAGACACAGCCCGGCCCAUCCCCUCCAGAUCCCCACCCAGAUUCACCCGACCCCGCCCCCUCUCCAGCACUACGCUCUGGAUGAUGUCACCACACCUCACCUGUACAGAGAACCGCACCGUUUACUAGAACUGAGAGAGCUGAAGGAUCGACCGCGACUGCCAGGCACUAACGGCAGCUACCGGGAAGAACCUGUGGACCACAGACUCACGGAGAGAGAAUGGGCCGAGGAAUGGAGACACUUAGAUCAUGUGUUAAACUGUAUUGUGGAUAUGGUGGAGAAGACGCGUCGAUCUGUGAGCGUCUUGCGGCGCUGUCAGGAGUCCGAUCGCGAGGAGCUGAAUUACUGGAGGCGACGCUCCGGUCCACACGACGACGGUCGCAAGGCCGGAUCAACGUCGGGAGGCGUCCCAUUCGUCAAGACGCACAGCCCGCUGUCCACAGACGCCAUCCACACAGACUCUCAGAGAGAAGUCCCGCCGCGUGCCGGCUCUGGAUACGUGCCUGAUGAGAUCUGGAGAAAAGCCGAGGAAGCUGUGAAUGAGGUGAAGCGUCAGGCGAUGGAUGAAGUGCAGAAGGCCGUGGCUGAAGCCGAGCAGAAAGCUUUUGAGAUGAUCACAGCUGAGCGAGCCAAGAUGGAGAAGACCCUCGCUGAAGCCAAAAGAAAAGCAACGGAGGACGCCAUACAGGUCAUCAAUGAACAGGAGGACUCCAGUGAGUGUUGUUGGAACUGCGGACGCAAGGCCAGCGAGACGUGCAGCGGAUGCAACGCGGCGCGUUACUGCGGCUCUUUCUGUCAGCACAAAGACUGGGAGCGACACCAUCUCAUCUGCAGCCCGGGACUUCAGGCUCAGCCCAAAUCCAUGUCCGCCCUGAGCACCCGGAUCCUGGCCAAAGCUCCGGAGAGCAGCCCGCUCCUGAGUCCCAGUCUGGAGAAAACCUCCAACACGUCCAGAGCUUCUACACCGGCAACACCUGCGUCCUCGUGCACACCUGACGCCAACGGACACUAACAUGAUGGACCCGAUAAACACUCAGAUACUCAUGAAAGACACUGGAUGUGAUAAAACUAUGGGAAGGAUAUCAAGAUCACAGAGAGAUUGGAUGCAUGAUGUUGUUUUUAAGGAACAGUUUACCCAAAAAUAUAAAUUGUGUCAUAAUUUAUCAAAAUUAAUCUGAUUUUCUCACCUUGUUUGGAGUCAUAUGAUCAGUGUUUUUGGGUGAAAUGUUUCUUUAACAUUAUUUCCUGUCGGCCGUCCAUCAGCUGCAGUAAUAAAUGCGACAGACACGUGAGGACGUGCUUUGGCGUCGCUUGCUUAUUUGCUGCAAGUCUUCUGGUGUUGCGAUCUGUUCUCUACACGCACAAACUGUUUUGUUAGCGUGUUUAUGUGUACGUGUGCAUGCUGGUUUCUGCAUCCAUGUGGUUUCUCUCAUGUAAAUAUCAGAGCAAUACAAUAACAGAAAACCAAUGGAUUGAAAUCACCAAAGCUGUCAAUGCUGUGACAUCUUUACUUUAAUGGUUUUUGAUAAUCAGAGUUGAACCGGAUCUUUAUGGAAAUGUGGCUACCAAACUCUGAUCGUAUGGGAUCGGAUUGAAUCAAAGUCUGUCUGUACACCAGACAGCUUUUAAAACAGGGACAGGGUUUCCAAAAAUAUGCUACAAAUACAGAUUAGUGAAGUAAACUAUUAAAACACUUUAAAUCUACCAAACACAAGCAGGUUGUGAAUGUGAAUGGUUCAGUUUUCUGCUAUUUCUGAAAUCUCAGGAGCAUUGUUUUAUGUAUAUAGUUUUAUUUGUUUUCACAUUUAGAGUCGAGCAGUCAUGGUUUCUUCAAUUUACACAUCGAUGUCUUCUUUGUUUCAUACGGUACACUAUAUGUUGAAUUAUUUUUUCAUUAUAAAAGUUCAUAUGUGUAAAAUAUAAGUGAGCGAGAGAAUCUUUAUUUUGUUUCUUUUCAAGAAUUCCUUCUGGUAUGAAGUAGACAUUAAAAAAUAAACAGAAUUUUACCUUU